AUGUCAAUUCCACCUCGUCAAAGGUCGCGGGCCGGUGAUCUUGUUCGAGCCAUCUACAAGCUCACAGCGCAGUCCUGCUGCUCUGCCAACAAGUCGUCCUCUGUCCAAGAAAUUACGGGUCAGGCCGCCCGAUCACCCAAUAGCAGCGCCGCUAAAUCCGCCCGCCAGACUGCGACGUUUUCCCGGAGCUUCAACACCUCCAUCAUCCCAUCACCACCUUUCCUCCUCGUUCCUCCUUCAACGACACACCGAAGCCCUUGCGCCGCCGCGAAUCCACCAACCAUGUCCGCCGCGCCUCUCUUCUGGUCAACCCCCCUCAAGUACUGCCGCUGGGCCGCCCGCGAGAAGCCCGCGCUCUUCUGGUCCGUCGUCAUCGGCGCCGCCGGCCCCCUCGCCAUGCCCAUUGGCCCGCCCAUCCGCCGCUGGCUCGGCGACGUCGACCCGGCCCCGGUUCCCGUCACGUAUCCUGUCCCUGCCGGUCCCCGGAAGCAAUUGACGGGUUACGACGACGAGUAA